AUCGAGUUUCGGCUGCGCCGUACUGUAGCCGCAGCCGCUGCAACCAGUGGUGGUGGUGUCUCCCCUUCUCAACUACUGCGGCGCGUUCUGCUCAGUUUUUUGAGUUUGUCAGGACUCAUUCACCUUCUGCUCAAGCAGGGAUAGGAGUGAGCUUUCAUGCACCCAACUGACUGAACAUCAAUGCAAUGGCUACCUCAGGCCCUACCUCCAGUGCCUCCAUCACCACCACCACCACCACCACAGUGCCUGAGGGUUUCCAUUAUGAAACCAAGUUUAUAGUGCUCAGCUGCCUGGGAAUGCUGCCUGUUAACAAAGCACAAGCACUGUCUGAAUCUCAAGUUGAGCGGAGGACACUGAUAAGAAAGGAGGUGGCAGAGGAACUGAGUAAACUGGAUGAUGAAAUAGCUGCCUCCUUGUCCGGUUUCGAUCGCAACGCAUCACCAGUGUUCAGCCCAGCAACUCCAGAGACGUCGAUCGAAGACGUCCUCGCCGACAUGGGGGACAAAGUGGCCCAGGAUCUGGACCCACAUCUGCCUGCAGCUGUUCGCGCUCUCCUCCCUGGUGAGUCAAGCCUGCUAGAGUAUGAGGCAUUCAGGAAAGCUGCACUGGAUCUGUUGACACACACUCGAGAUAGCUGGAGCAAGGUGCUGGUCCCUCUCGUGCUCCUUCAGGCUUUGCAACAUGAAGGUCAAUGUGUUCAAACUCUGCUGCAUGCUGGUGUUCAUUUCCUUGAGGAAGAGGCUGAAGACAUCAUCCAGCGUGGGGGAUGGGGUGAAAUAUUUGGCCAGGAGUCUGAGGUCGAGCCCAGCGACGUGAUCGCCGAAGACAGCAACGACAUCUACAUCCUGUCUGCUGAUCCACAUCUGGAGCGGCUGAGCCCAGAAUCGGCGUCUCUGCUCUGCCAAGGAGACGGCAACAGUCUGCAGAGCUCCUGGCAGACGGAGAGUUUACCCGUGUCGUGGGCGCAGAUCAGCAGCAUGGACGCCGACGACUCAAAGAGCAUGGACAGUACAGAGGGAGCAGCUCUGGCCGAGGAGCGCAGCGAGAACAACUCCUCCAACUCGGACAUCGUCCACGUGGAGCGAGAGGAGCUGCUGGACGAGGGAGGGGAAGCGGUAGAGGAGAGCAUGAUGAGCGUUUUGGGGUCAGAGAGUGAGAUGGCUGAGCUCAGGGAGCAGUUUAAGUCCCAGACCCCACCCAUUCCAGGGGCGUCUGAUGCAGAACCCACAUCUUUAGUUUCAAUUGAUGAACCGGUUGUCAUAGAAACACCUGUGAGUUUAACUUCAGAACCUUCGAUCAUCACCCUGUCAGGAGAGCCUUCACUCAUCUCUCUAGAACCAGAACUGCCUCCCGCUGCUCCUGAAGCUGCUGAGCCAGAGCCGGAGCCGGAACCAGAACCUGCAGUACCAUCUCCGGAUCCUGCUGUAGAACCAGAGGGUGAGAUAUCUGCUGUGACUGCUGAAGUGCCCCCACAGUCAGAGCCACCCGUUACUAGCUCCACAGCGCCAGCGGAACCUGAAACCAUUUCAGAACCAGAACCUACACCAGAUCCAGAACCCCCCACUGUGCCUCCAGAGUCAGAACCAGAUGCUCAAUUAGAACCACGAUUGGCCCCCAUCGCUGCAGAGACCCCCAUGCAGCCCCCGGUCAUGGAGCCGGCAGCCCAGGCGGAGUCGCAGUGUGAGCUCCCAGCACUGAUCUACGGGGGAGCGGCUUUGGUGGCACUGGCUGGUGUCGUGGUCUAUGGAGUCAUCAGUUACCGGAGAAAGUAGAUUCACUUCUCAGGGGUUUAGAAUGUGUUUUUUUUUUUGGGUAGAAAUAAAUAGAACACAAACCAUGCCUCUAACUGACAAUCACACAACCUAGCUACAGGGUUGUUGGUGCAAACACAAAGAGAAACACAUUUCCUCUCUCAAAACUUUCCCUCAGUCAUGACUGUCUCUUAGUCAGGCAGAGUGAGUGGGAUUUUGCGUCUUCCUCCUCUUUCCUUCGUCUCCCGUUCCAAUGUCAAACAAGAUGCUUGCACACAUGAUGAAAUGUUACAUAGAACAGACUUUGGGUUUCACUGCCCUCCUGCAUUUGGACGGUAUGUCGGUGUAUACUUGUGCUUUUCGUUUUACGUUAAUUGAAGAUUAAAGCUCUCACCCUAAAGUAUUUUUGUGUGUACAUCAUAACUG